GCCAAUCACAGAUCAGCUGGUGACGUCGCCGAGGCUGUAAACAUGUACAGUAUAAACACAUGGCUGUCAGCUCCUGCACUCAGACAGUCAGCAUGGACAGAGGAAAUAGUGGAGGACUGUGGGACUCGGUGAAGAAAGCCGCUUUUGUCAUCGGAUCUGGGCUUUUCUUCCUGGUCGGGUUUAGAAACUCAGUGACAUGGCAUUUGCAGAGGUUUUGGGGAGCGUCUGGAGACUUCUGGCAGACACAGUGGACCAAGCUUCACCAAGCCAUGGGUGGAAAUGAGGCUGCCUUGUUCUUUAUCGGGACGAUGCUGGUGCCGACGCUCUCCUUCUGGCUGUUCAAUGCCCUGCUGAUGCUGGUCGACACGACGGGGAAGCCGAGCUUCAUCACACGCUACAGGAUCCAGCCUGACAAAAACAAUCCGGUACCGUCCUGUUUAAACUCUGAACCACGUCUGUUUCGAAUGGUACGGGAGUCAUCCUAGGGCCGUCCAACCCCA